AUGUCUCCGUUUGUUUUACGUCUUCGUGACACUGCCGCUGCUGAUGCGCUCUUCUCUGAGGCUUACGCUGCCAUUGAUCAAGGACUGUGUUACGAGGAAUACAAUGACCGAGAGAAUGCUGCAUCAAUGUAUGAAAGAGGACUUAACCUUAUCACGGAGGCGGAGAAAGCAAAAAAUGCGAAGAGGAGUGACUUGUACAAACAUCUAAUGGAGGCGAAGCCGAGUGUAGCAAAUCGACUGAAAGUACUAGAGAAAGAGAUUGCCCUUUAUGUAUUGUUGAAGGGUGAAAACACAACUGCACCAACGUAUCCAACAUCUUUACAAGUGCUGCAGUUCAGCAGUCCCGAUUCGACUCCUGAAAAAGCUGUCUCGGAUGAAGGCAGUAAACCGUCUGCUCUGAUACAGGUUGGCCCAUGGGUUUAUCCUCUUGUACGUGGUCAGACUCCAGUUCUGCGCAACGAUUUUGGAGCAUAUGUUGUAUCAAACCCAACGCAAGAAAAUCCGGGCCUAGCCGUUGCCAUUCUGCUUCCAUCAGAUAUCGGUCCUGAAGUAGAACAAGAGUUUCGAGAGUUUAGUGUUUUGAGUAAGUUCUGCGAUCUUCGCGACCAAGACGUGAGAAAGGAAUUUUCCGAAGAUGAGAAUAAACUUAUAAGUAGGAAAAUUGCACAGCUCUUGAUAGCUGGUGGUGAGCGUAUUGCAUGGGGCGUUGAGACUACUGCAGUUAAGGUGACCUCGUAUUUGGACGAUAAAGCGGAAAGGUAUCGAUCAGGGAUAGAACCUGCUGAAAAACCUGUUUCUAUCAAUCCUGCUCUUAAAGGAAGUCUUCUUUACAUGCAUAAAGGCUCAAAGCUAGUGGCGAAGUGCACGCGAUAUCUGCUGGAUAAAGUUGGUGACAUGGGUGUUUCUAUCGGUAGAUCAUUAGCAUCUGGAGCGGAAAAAACUUUUGGGAAGGGCAGUGCAGCAGGAGUUGUAUCUGGAACGAUAUCUGUGCUCGGAGGUGGAAUCACUGGCGUUAGUACUGUAUGGAUGUCUCUGGAGGAUAACAGCCGCUCACUUUGUCGUAGCAUUGCAAAUCAGACUGUGCAGACUGUCAAACUGAAGUAUGGUGAUGAGGCUUCGGAAGCAACCCAUCACGCCCUAUUUGCUGCCGGGCAUGGAUCGUUAGCUGCAGCGCAGUUGUGGGAUCUUGGACCACGUAGCAUUGCUGGCCGUAUGGCGCGACGCGCUGGUGUCCAGAUGGUUGUUAACCAGUCGGAAAAAGAGAUUGGGAAGCUAAAAAAGAAAGGAAUCAAAAGAAAGAGGAAGACCCAUGAAGAUCCUACUGAAAGCCCUUUGAAAGAAGCCCACGAUCUUAGGUGUGAAGAAAAUAUCGGAAAUGUUCAAGUAACGUCCGAAAUAGACGAAUGUCACUCUUCUGCAAAUGAGAGCGAUGGUGAGGAUCAGUCGACCAAUUUUGAGUCGAAACAACGAAAAUCCGGAGUGUUAUAUUUUUCGAGAAUUCCUCCAAAGUUCACUCCUUCAAGGUUGCAAGAAUAUUUUGAAAAACAUGCGCCUCGUAUGAUUGGGAGGGUCCAUUGCACACGAAACAAGAACGCAAAAACGAUAGAGAACCGGUUCUCGGAAGGAUGGUUGGAGGUAAAGAGAAAGAAGGUUGCGAAGAUGUUAGCUUCACGUUUCGAUAACACUCCUGUAGGAGGAAAGAAGAGGGAGUACGCUUCGAGUGUUUUGUGGAACAUCAAGUACCUGAGUUCAUUCAAGUGGGUUCACCUAAUGGAGCAGCUACAGUACGAACGUGCGGUAUCAGCUCACCACAUGAGUGCAGAAAUAGCUCAAGCAAAGCGUGUGGCCGCGCACUUCGAAGAACAAGUGGAAAAGGGACGAAAUCUCAGGAAGUUAGAGGAGAAGGCACUGAAAGCAAAUGGAACUUGGAACAAAUUCCAACGUGAAAUCGAGCAAAGGAAGGUGUUAAAGUCAAAGCGAAAACGGUUCAAGUCGAGCCAUGCACAUUCUGCUGCGAAAGACGAUGAUGUGCUACAAAUGAUAUUUGCUGAAUAA